GAGAUGAGCCUGUGGUUAGCGGCCCAGGCAGCAGCAUGCACCCGGAUGCCACCGACAGCAGCGCCGUCCGCCUGGGCCCCGAGUCCGGCCGUCCUACCCCGGGCUCCGCGGGCGUACGUCGGCGGGAGUCCCGGGGGAGCACGGCGGCGACCGGGGUCCCGAGCGGCGGGGGCUGGCGGGGGGCAGCGGCGAUCUGGGCGGCUGGGGCAGCCGUGGCCGCCGUGGUCCUGUGCUGCCUGGCCCCCGGCUGCUGGUCCGCGGGAGGCGCGGGGCCGUGCGUCCUGCUGCUCCGCCUCAGCCUGUACCUGAGCUGCGCGGCGGCCGCCUUCGUGCUGGGGACCCUCUUGGCGCUUGUCUGCCGGAGCCCGCGCGCCCCGCCGCCCGACUUCGCCUCUGCCUGGAGAAGGCUGGCCGCGGCCGUCCGCUGCUCGCUGGGGAGUCCUGUAUAUGGAAAUUCACAUGAGACAGCUCAGUCUAGAAGAGUAGUAAUUUCUCAUAGUAUGGAUAAAGCCCUGAAAGAAGUGUUCGACUAUAGUUAUAGAGACUACAUCUUCUCCUGGUAUGGGAACCUCAGCAGAGACGAAGGACAGCUUUACCAUCUGCUCCUGGAAGACUUUUGGGAAAUCGCCAGGCAGGUUCGCCAUAGGCUGAGUCACAUGGAUGUGGUUAAAGUUGUCUGCAAUGAUGUUGUAAGGGCUUUGCUCACUCAUUUCUGUGAUCUGAAAGCUGCUAAUGCCAGACAUGAAGAGCAGCCAAGGCCUUUUGUGUUGCAUGCAAGCUUGAAGAACUCACAUGAUGAAGUAAGAUUUCUCCAAACGUGCUCUCGGGUUCUUGUGUUUUGUCUUCUCCCUUCAAAGGAUAUCCAGUCUCAAAGUUUACGUAUAAUGCUUGCAGAAAUUCUCACAACGAAAGUCUUGAAGCCAGUAGUGGAAUUACUGAGUAACCCAGAUUACAUUAACCAGAUGCUGCUCACUCAAUUGGAGUACAGAGAGCAGAUGAAUGAACAUCACAAGAGAGCCUACACAUACUCUCCUUCUUAUGAAGAGUUCAUCAAGCUUAUCAACAGCAACUCUGAUGUGGAGUUCUUGAAGCAGCUAAGGUAUCAGAUUGUAGUGGAAAUAAUUCAAGCAACUACAAUUAGCAGCUUUCCUCAGCUGAAGAGACACAAGGGUAAGGAAUCUGCUGCAAUGAAAACUGACCUCCUGAGAGCCAGGAAUAUGAAAAGGUACAUUAACCAGCUAACCGUGGCAAAGAAGCAGUGUGAGAAGAGAAUCCGAAUCCUGGGAGGUCCUGCCUAUGACCAGCAAGAGGAUGGAGCCUUGGAAGAAGGGGAAGGGCCUCAGAGCCAGAAGAUUCUUCAGUUUGACGAUAUUUUGGCCAAUCCUUUCUACCGAGAAUAUUUUCACAUGUACAUGGAGAGGAUGGACAAGAGAGUUCUGAUUGGCUUUUGGGAGUCUGUGGAACAUUUGAAGAACGCUAACAAGAAUGAAAUUCCACAGUUAGUUGGUGAAAUUUAUCAGAAUUUCUUUGUGGAAAGCAAAGAAAUAUCUGUGGAAAGAUCACUUUACAAAGAAAUCCAACAAUGUCUUGUGGGGAAUAAAGGUGUUGAGGUAUUCUACAGAAUCCAGGGAGAUGUAUAUGAGAUGCUGAGGGAUAGAUAUUACCCUUCAUUUAUUGUCAGCAACCUGUAUGAAAAGUUGAUGAUCAAAGAGGAAGAAAACCAUGCCUCACAGCUGAUUUCUAACAAGGAUGAAAUGGGUACUGGAGGUGAGGCUAGUGAGGAAGCUGUAGAAGGUACCAGUGCGAUCACCGAACAAGCCAGCUUUGCUGUCAACAAAUUCCGAGAGCUAAGUGAGAAACUUGAGUAUAAAAGGCAGGCUCUAAGUUCUAUUCAAAAUGCACCAAAACCUGAUAAGAAGAUUGUUUCCAAGCUGAAGGAUGAAAUACUGGUAAUGGAGAAGGAAUGCACAGACCUCCAGUUGCACAUGGCGAGAACAGAUUGGUGGUGCGAGAACCUAGGCAUGUGGAAAGCCUUCAUCACCAGUGCAGAGGUCACAGAAGAGAAUGGCGAGCAAAUACCUUGUUACUUUGUCACGGUAAACCUACAAGAAGUUGGAGGGGUUGAAACUAAGAACUGGACCGUCCCAAGAAGGCUCAGUGAGUUUCAGAAUUUACACCGGAAACUUAAUGAGUGUGUCCCUUCUUUAAAAAAAGUCCAGUUGCCUUCUCUUAGCAAACUGCCUUUCAAAUCUGUAGAUCACAAGUUUCUGGAAAAAUCAAAGAAUCAAUUAAAUAAGUUUUUACAGAAUCUACUUUCAGAUGAAAGACUGUGUCAGAGUGAAGCACUUUAUGCCUUUUUGAGCCCUUCUCCUGACUACCUCAAGGUUAUUGAUGUACAGGGGAAAAAAAACUCCUUUUCAUUAUCCUCAUUUUUGGAAAAACUGCCUCGGGAUUUCUUCUCCCAUCAGGAGGAAGAGAUAGAGGAAGACAGUGACCUAUCAGAUUAUGGUGAUGACAUGGAUGGGAAGAAAGAUGCCUUGGCUGAACCAUGUUUCAUGUUGAUUGGAGAGAUUUUUGAACUUCGAGGAAUGUUUAAAUGGGUGAGAAGAACAUUAAUUGCUCUUGUUCAGGUCACUUUUGGAAGAACCAUCAACAAACAAAUCCGGGAUACAGUGAACUGGAUUUUCAGCGAGCAAAUGUUGGUUUACUACAUCAACGUUUUCCGGGAUGCUUUUUGGCCAAAUGGGAAAUUGGCACCCCCAACUAGAAUCAGAAGCAAAACGCAAAGUCAGGAAACAAAACAGAGAGCACAACAAAAGCUACUUGAAAACAUUCCAGAUACACUUCAGAGCCUUGUUGGACAGCAAAAUGCCCGCCAUGGUAUAAUAAAAAUAUUCAAGGCUCUGCAAGAAACAAGAGCCAAUAAGCAUCUAUUAUAUGUGCUGAUGGAGCUGCUGUUGAUUGAACUGUGUCCUGAGCUGAGAACUCAUUUAGAUCAGUUCAAAGCUGGUCAAGUCUGAGACUACACAAAUCAACUACCAGAAAAAUGUCUGUGUGAUAAUAGACAUGAAACAUUUUCCUCUUUUCCACAGAGGGCCUGACUGAGAACCAUUCAAUCUUUGCUUUCCUUGCCUCCCUCCAGUUUUAUGUGAAAUAAACAGAAUUGGAGGAAGGAGGACUUGAUGCUGUGGUAGGUCACAGAAAAAGAAACUUAUGUUUAUUGAUUUUUAUUUAAAUAAUAAUACUUUAAAGCUCAACAUGCUGAUUGAAAUACAAAUGUUAAUAUGUGAUAAGAACCUAGGAAAUAUUUUAAAUAUUUAUGAAAAACAGUUUUGUUUUAAAAUGACAAACUAUGAAUAUUGUACAGUUAAUUUCCUCACUGAGGAUUUUGAACAUUCCUGUAUUAUUUCACGUGUGUUGAAGAACAUUGUUGUGCAAUGCUUUGUGUAGUUACUGUGAAAAUUUUGUGUUUAUUUUUACCAAAGAUUUCCCAUAGUUUGAAGCAUUUGAAGCAAUAAAAUAUAAAAAUGAAUCACAGUG